UGUAAGCAUUUUUUGGAGAAGCCCAGAAUUUCCCUAGCCCUGACUGUAAUCUCCCUGCAGUGUAGAAGAUCGACCUCCCUGCUUGCGUGGCAUGGUUCGAGUCUUUAUGAAUCCGAUAUCCCUGUCCCACCACCUACCCUGGCACCACGUACCGGCACUCUUGAAGUCGUAAAAGGCUCGCGCAAACCAAAGCGAAGUCAUUGAAGUUCGAAUAUGGUGUUGGCCAUUGAUUGUCAUAAGUGAUGGACAAGAUGAUACAGUAGCGUAACUGAAGAGCCUGGUUCAGUGUAGUCCUGCGUCGAAAUCCGAGGAUAAGGACUUGCAUUACGCGUACCUGCUUGCAAACCGUCUUCCAAUCCACUCAUCCGUAUCGACAAAAAUGGACAAAUACGACAAGAUUGAGAUCGUCGGCCGUGGCGCGCACGGAAUCGUUCAUCUGUGCCGUCGUCGUGCCGAUCGGAGGCAUGUGAUCAUCAAGGAGAUAUCAAUCGACGAUGUGGAUCGAGAUGAGCGGCAGGCGGCGCUGAAAGAGGCGCGGGUUCUCGCCAUGCUGAAGCAUCCGAACGUCAUCGACUACUACGACAGCUUCCUAGAGGAUAAGGCGUUGAUGAUAGCGAUGGAGUAUGCCGAGGGUGGGACGGUGUUUGAGUACAUUCAACAGCACGAUGGGCACUUGGAAGAAGAGGAAAUCAUGCGGCUAUUCGUGCAGAUGCUGAUCUCCGUUCAAUACGUGCACUCCUUAAACAUUCUUCACCGCGACCUGAAAACGCAGAACAUUAUGCUGGAUCGAUCGCAGGUGCUUGUCAAGGUGUGCGACUUUGGUAUCAGCAAGGUCCUCUCCACCAAGACGAAGGAAGCAAGCACUGUCAUCGGCACUCCGUGUUACCUUUCACCGGAACUUUGCGAAGGGAAGACAUACAAUCAGAAAAGUGAUGUCUGGGCGCUGGGCUGCAUUCUUUAUGAACUGGCCAGUCGGAAUCGAGCAUUCGAAGCACCGAGCCUGCCUGCGCUAGUGAUGAAGAUCAUGCGUGGCACAUUCGCUCCCAUCUCUAGUCACUACAGCGAGGACCUGCGGCGACUUAUCCUGAACAUGCUGCACACAGACCCGCGCCAGCGACCCAGCACACAGGAAGUGCUGGCGCAGCCCAUCUGCAUGAAGACGUUCUUCGGCCUCCAGUGCUCCCUGGGUCUGCUGCCACUCUCCCUUGGUCCUCGGAUGCUCUCCAGCCGAAGUCGUGGGUCAAUGUCCAACCAUGCUGAGUCAGCAGCUGCAGCAGCGAAUGGCGAAGGCAGCAAGGCAGCCUCUUCCGGUGCAACUGCAGGGGCGGGAGGAGCCGUGUCCGGCAGUGGCCGCAAGAAAGGGGAAGUGCUGAUGUGGGGCGGUGGGUACACGAAACCAACGUCCAUGAAGUUUGUGGCUGAGGACGGCAGUACUGCUAGCAGGGUGGCGCUUGGUCGUGCUCAACGCCUCGUCCUUACAACGACAGGCAAGGUCUUGUCAUUGCAGACAUCCAAGGCAGGAAGCGAGUACUUAAUGCCGGGAUCUCGCGGUUCAAAGUCCCAUGCAGACGGACGCGGUGGAGGCCAAGCAUCGGGCGCUGACGGACUCGCGUCGGCCAGCUGGUGCCAUAUCGAAGGUUUGGAGCGAGUCACGAGCACGCAGAUGUCUUGUGGCGACCUGUUCACUGCCAUUCUCACAAAUCGCGGCAUACUGAUGACAUUUGGCAGUGGGGUGCACGGUGCGCUGGGCCAUGGCAACUAUGAAGACAUUGCUAAGCCAAGAAUCGUGGAAUCACUAGUGACCCAGUCGGUGGAGCUUGUCUCAUGCGGGACCAGCCACAUGGCAGCAGCAACUGGCAGUGGUGAUGUGUACACUUGGGGAGAGUGCAAUCACGGAUGCCUGGGCACUGGCUCUCUGGAAGCCAGUCCGCGUCCCCGGCUGGCGAAACAGCUGGGCAGCGGACGACCGCGGGCUCUGCACUGCGGCGUGGACUGCACAUUGCUGGUGGAUGCACGCGGUCAGCUGCACGUGUGUGGCAACAACAGGCACAACAAGAUAGCCCUGGAUGGAAGUGGUGAGAUGCUGGAGGGAACACCGUCGUUCACCGCUAUACCGCUGUCCUACUUCAACGGGCAGCGGUUGAACUCCAUCUCGUCGGGCUUGGUACACUCCAUCAUGCUGACAGAAAGCGGCGCCUGUUUCACGGUCGGCGCAAACACCAGCGGUCAGCUGGGAUACGACCUCCAGGCGGACGAUGCCAAGCGCCCGCAGCCGGUGACCGUGCUGUCGCCGCACUGGAUCAAGCAUGUGUCCUGCGGUGACCAGUUCACCGUGGCAGCCACUAAAGAUAAGAUCUUCGUCUGGGGUAAGGGCAGGCGAGGUCGCCUGGCUAGUGCUGCCGACAACGAUCUGUGCUCGCCGACCGAGGUGAAUCUCAACGACGGCACUGGGCGCAAGUACACGGUUACGUCGCUGCAGGCAAGCCACGGUGCAACCAUGGUAUCGCUGACAACAGAGUGAGCUAGGUCACGGUACCACCAUGGUAUCGCUGACAACAGACUGAGCUACACAACCAUGGUAUCAACCAUGGUAUCGCUGACAACAGACUGAGCUAGGUCACACGAUGACGACCGUACCGGAAGCUGACCAGCUUGAACAAACCCAGCAGCCAGAUCACCAGCAGACAGAGAACUUAUCAGGAGCCGACUGCUAUGGCGAAGUGAAGCUGCGAGUCGGAAUAGGUAUGUGACGAUGCGGCGAUCCAGUGUUGUACCCAACACUCCUUGAUAGCUAUAGCUAGCAGUGUGCUGAUGUUGGUUGACUCGAUGGCUGGCGGACAGUGCAUGGUGCCUGGCGAGGGCAUUGCAGUGGAGUUCCAUCGCAAGAAACAGGAUCACCUACGGCAGGGGCGUAGCCCGCAAAUCUAUGGCGUGGCGACCAUGUACCAUCGGCAACCUCAUUGCCGCCAUUUUACCUUUUUUGUACUAAGUUAUGUACAUGUGGUCCCUAUGACGACCAUUUGCUGGUGUGGUGGCCGCACUGCACUGACUACACACGAGCUACGCACCUGCACUGUGUUUCAGCUACGUCACAUGGCUGAUCAAGGCCAAGCGAAGAGAACGCCGAACUGCAUCUGGAAUGGAGGCCUAUCCGACGGCCGACGGGUAGGGAGCUGGUUAAAUGGAUGACUCCAGGAUGGCCUCAUGAGUGGCAGCAUGUAGAUCUACCUACAAGCGAAAAAGCUACUACUGUAGUACUUCAAGGCAUGGGUAGUCUCA